AUGGCUUUAUUAGUAUUCAAAUCUGAAGCCACCUCAUCAACAGUCGAUAAUCAUUCCAUUCCUAUAACAAUUGGAUGGUUUCGUCUAAAAUCAAAAAUUCGGGCUUUUCAAACAUCUUGGCAUCUUGACCCCGUGAAUCCUGUCAUUUACGUCACCUUCCCUUCAUUAACUCGAGCUCAGGAAAGUUCGAAAAAUUAUGCAUUAUCACCUCCAGAUAUUUCCGGAAUACCGCAGCAACAAAGUUAUAAUACUUAUCCUAACCCUGAGUAUGCAAGACUAGUAGCUUAUUCUUUAUAUUUUUACGAAGCACAAAGAACAUUAAACGAUGGUCAAGAUGUUGACCUUGAUUUAAGUGGAGUAAAGUGGAGUCAAGGUUAUCAAUUAGCAAAUCAAACCCAAUAUUUAAUGGAUAUGAUAAAAUGGGGAACUGAUUGGUUAAUAAAAGCCAGUUCGAAUACGAACAGUACAGAUGAUCAAUAUCUAUACGUGAUGGUUGGUAAUCUGGACAUUGAUCAUAACUAUUGGGGACCUGAUACAAAUUUUCCUACUCGACGUCCAUCGUCAAAGGUGAAUGCCAGUGCUCAUGGGACUGAUGUUGCGGGAGAAGUGGCGGCAGCAUUUGCUGCAUCUUCUAUAUUAUUUCGAUCUAAUAAUUCAACAUAUGCUGAUACACUUUUAACAUAUGCGAAAAAUUUAUAUUCUUUUGCCGAAACAACACCUUUCAGGUUAUAUCAAAAUUCUGCCCCUUUAGUUAGAGAUGGAUAUAGUUCUAGCAAUUAUUCUGAUGAAUUGAUAUGGGGUGCACUUUGGCUAUAUCGCGCGACGAAUGACGCAACCUAUCUUAACAAAGCAGUUAAUUAUUUUGGCUCUAAUUCAUUUACUUCAAAGAAAGUAUUUAACUGGGAUGAAAAAACUGGUGGAUGUUAUGUGUUAUUUGCCAAAUUAUUUCAACAAUCUGGACAGGAUACAACCAGAUGGAAAUUAUUGGCAGAACGAUACUUGGAUAGUAUUAUAAAAACAUCUGGUGGUGAUUGCACAUUUACUGAUGGUGGUCUUUUUUGGUGUGAUGGAGAUAGUGAUGAAGCAUCCCUCAGCGUUUCUUUUGGAGCCGCUUUUCUGUGUUUAGUUUAUGCACCAAUCGCUACUUCAGAUACUAAAACUCGUGCAUAUAUAAAUUUCGCUUUGACACAAAUUGAUUACGCUCUUGGUAAAAAUCCUCUUAAUACACCAUAUGUUAUUGGUGUUCAUCCAAACUCACCACAUAAUCCUCAUCAUGCUGGUGCGCAUGGUGGAACUAAUGCAAAUAAUUUGAAUGAUCCACCUGAAACACAACAUAUUUUAUAUGGUGGAGUUGUAGGUGGUCCGGAUAAAAAUGAUGGCUUUAGCGAUUCAAGAAGUGAUUAUGCACACACUGAGGUUGCAAUGGAUUAUAAUGCAGCAUUUCAAGGUUUAAUGGCCUAUCAAAUGAUCAAUUCUCGUACUGAUCCAUAUUAUGUUAGCGUUCCUCCCGGCAGACCAUCAAGAAAAACCA